CUAGAUAAUACUUAGUCCUGCCUUAAGUGCAGGGGACUGGACUAGAUGACCUCUAGAGGUCCCUUCCAGUUCUAUGAUUCUAUGAAUAUACUUUGCUUAGCUUCUGUGAAAGCAGUGUUUUGGGGGCAAGCCUUGGUUGAAUAUUUUUCCAACUGUAGCUAUUUAGGCAUUGAAGAGCAAAGAUAAGUCUGAGGAUCCUGAAGCUACAGACAACCUAGCUCUUACAUGGCUGAUGUUAUGAUGGUAGAAAGUUCUUUGUUUCCCUCUCUCCACUGCAGUACCUCCAUCUCUUCCAGGUUUAGCUUUAACAAGCUAGUCUUCAUGUGAAUGUUGAUUCCUAGACCGUGGGAUGGCUGGGAGACAGUGUUUGCAUUUUCUUUGAAGGAAACAGCAUGGUGGCUACAUUUUACUAGCAUAUGCAUUCCUGUUGUCUCACAGCUUCAUAUAGGUGUUAAAUAGAAAAGGGCUGGGGGAGAGGAUUCAGAGGUGAGGACUCUGGGGGCAGUCCUCUGCCUUCAGGCAGAAGGUCAAGGAAGCCAUUGUAUUGAUUAAUGCUAAACCCCCUGUAUGUAAGACAAAAGCAGCAUUCCACUGAAAUUUAUCAAAUGUGGUGGAGAAAUCCUGCAAUAUGGGUAUGGUUUGAUCAGCAGUAUAAGGCAUGUUGGCUUUACCAGUCAGUGUGAGACUGCAGGGGUGCAUACCUUCUGGGUUGUCCUGUUGAAGUAGUUAGCCAAUGGGACAGAAUCUCUAAGAGGAGGGCUCUCAUUAGGUAGUCCUGGUCCCUUCAACAGGUUGUUGGGUUGAUUAGCUGGGACACAGGGCAGUUGACAUUAGCAAACAAGGCACAAGAGGGCCUUUCACUUCUCUGGCCUUCCCACCUUUGUUGUUAGUGGUGGAGGGUAUUAAUAAAUUUUGUGUUCAUUGCAGUUCCAGCUGGUGACUUCCACAGGUCACCUGGACUGCAGCAAUUGUACACAUAGUGAUGGACAUGGAAGAAUUUCAUGGAACAGCUUGUGGACUCCUGCUGUCAUUUGGAAUGGAAAUUAAAGGACAAACGAGCAGUGGGGUUAUGUUUAUAUGCUUCAUAGGAUUGCAACUUUGAGCAGUUGUUUCUGGCAGCAGGGGUGUCAAAACCCUCUUUUUCCAAUGGGAUAGACAUUUGUUUGAUUCUCCCAAAACAAUAGAAGUUGUAUGAUUUUUGGAGACGCCUUCCUUUUCUCUGUGACGGACAUCAAUGUGCCUUUCUCAAGGGAAGAAGUUGACUUAUGGGUGAGCCUGAGCCAUCCUACAAAGCCAGGGCUUUCUCAGGCAGUAGGCUGUUCUGGCUGUAGGCCAUGAUAGGCAUCAGGAGUAAAUCAGGCUCUGAGAAGGCCUUGGUGUUAAACCUGGAAUUGUUGUGCUUGGAAUUUGAGCAUCAAAACGGGGUAAGGCAGGUGAUGGGGAGCACUGAUGGCCUUUUCUCUUCCAAAUUGCUGCCAAAUCAGGUUGCCCCAAAAUGUUAUCCUGUUAUGGAAUUAAUAAGGUUGUGAACACUUGGCCAAAAAUGUCAGAUAUUUGUAUUUGUCCUCAUUAGCCUCUUCAAUUCUCAGUGAUACUUUAAGUGCCCAUUUUCUAAUCCCAUCUAUGCAGAAAGCAUGCUUGAUCCAUGAUACCUUAUGGAAAAGGUAGAUGAGACCUCCCAUUUGACUGACAAGUUAAAAGAAACUAGCUUUGGGCUAAAAAUAUUCUACAGGUGUUAAUCACAGAUGCUAGUUCCAAUUAAACAAUUGAGUAGUCAUUACCACACAGUCUGAAGUCAAAUGCUGCUGAUCCACUCACCUUGUCUCAUUACAUAUUUUAAUUGUCUUCAUUAAUCAUUAUUACUGCUUGGUCUGGAGUAUCUUAUUAAUUAGAUCACUAUCUAGAAAGCUCACUUCUGGAGAACAAGUUACAUUCCAUGCACAUUCUAUUACCAGAAAUGUUUUGUCAGUUUUGGCAGCAUUCAUCCUUUCUAUAAGUGAAGUGCAAGCAUUUCCCCCUCAAAAAAUGUUUUCAAAAUAUUUUCAUAAAAUCAGAAUAUAACUGAACUUUAUUAGUGAACUGAUGUAGGCAGGAACUGCAGCUGUAGGAUAGCUGUGUCAGCUACUUUCCUUAUUUCCAGACACUAUGCAAUAAUUGGACAAGUUGUUUGCAUAUACAACUGGAAUCCAUACCACACAGUAAAACUUGGAAUACUAGUUUCAGGAGGACCUCUUGGAGCAGUGAUCUUAGAGCAUGUGUAUUGUGAGUUAUUGCACCUGGUUGAAGGGGGGAAGGAAGAUCUGUUUAUUUACAAAAACUUCCUUUCUCCUAAAUGUUCAUUAGUUAUUGGAAUUACACAAAGGAUCAGCAGAAUCAAAGUAAAGUCACAGAGUUGACUGAUCUAUUUUCAGUCUGUUGGCUUUUGUGAUGUCAUAAUUGCAUGAGUUUUCCAGUAAUGACAGUGUCUUCCAGGGCUGAUAAGAACUAAAUUUCUAAUGCAGAAAAACAAAAACAUUUUAGGCACUCUUUAAAUAAAGAGAGGAAAGGGGACAAACAAAGUUUUAUUUUUUCUUUGCUGGUAACUUAUGGAUAGUGAAAUAUUGUUAAUUAGACCCAACUUAGCCACUUUUGGAGUGUCAGUGAUUGUCCUUAACACUGCUCAGUGUUUCUUCUUAUAUCUUGUCAGGAUUCUUUAAUUGUGCUGCAAAGCCAACAGAGAAGACAGUUCUGCAGAAAAUGCUGGACUCCACAAUUCGUUGCAGAUGUCAAAGAUCGUAUCUCCCUAAGGAGUGCUAACCCUCAUAUGAGCUCCUUAGCAGCAUCCGUAUAACAUCUAUGCACACAAUUGCCAUAAAGAGUGCAUCGAUUAGGACUGCAUUUGCUGUAUGCAAGUCUACCCAUCAUGUCAGUCUCCAGUCAAUACUGCACCAGAAUAGAUAGCAAGCACUGGCGUAACAGUUGCAAUGGUACAGUCAGUCUUGCCAUCAGCAUCCUGUUGUGCAGAUUACCUGACCAACCUAUGUAAACUUCUUGGAACUGGCCACCAUGAUGAAUCAAGGUUUGCAUCAUCAUACAGGGGUAGCCUUUUAUAGCCAUGCAAGGACAAUGAGGCUUUUGUUGCAACCAUGUGAAUCUAUGUGCUAAAUUAACUACAGAAGUGACAGCUACCCCCAAAGACAUUUUACAGUAUUUUUUUAAAUAAGUACAGAAAACGAACAUCUUAAACACUUACAUUUCAAUUUUUAAAUAUUUUCAACUUUAACUGAAUUAUAUCCCCAAAGUUGUUACUGAGAAGUUAAGUAAUACACCUUCAGAUGGGUCCAAUACAGUUUUUCAGCAUAUAGCUUUUCCUGUGUUGAAUGAAAGAGCAUUUUCUGAAUUGAAAAGUGUAAUUUGGAAGAAAUUUAGAUCAAAUUGCCUUCAAUUUUUUUUUAAUUUAACUGUAAAUAUUACAUACAAGUUGAAUGUGAGUAAUGAUUUUAAUAAAACAACAAACUUUCAAGGCAAGGGAGCACUGUAACUGAAUUCCUUAAUUAUAAUUAAUACAAAAAAUUACCCACCCCACUUUUAAUUAAUAGUAUCAGCAGAACAUGUAAUUGUUUUUGGUUUUUUUUUUUUUGCAAUCCCCAGCCCUUGUCCCGCAAACCUGCAUGUAACUAAUUUUACUCCUGUUGUGUAGUUCCACUGAUAAGUGCACAAGGGCUUGCAGGAUUUGGGCCUUUAACCACAAUCUUGCAAAAAUGUAUCAUAUGCAAAUGAGUAAAUGUUUGCACUACUGAGUUUCCUAAGUAAAAGAAUGGUAAAUUACAAAAUAGCACAUACCUAUUCAAAAGAUCAUAAGCCAGUUGAUUGAAAAGAUAGCAACAAGAACACUGUCAACAAAAUGAAUCACAUGGCUGCUCGAUGUAUUCAGCGGCAAUGUGAAUACUGUAAGUAUUAGCCAAGAUGGUCAGGGAUGCAACCACAGGCUCCAGGUGUCCCUAACCUCUGACUGGCAGAAGCUGCGGACUGGAAAACGGGAUGGAUCCUGUUCUGUUCCCUCCCUCUGCGUUAUCUGGUACCUGCCACUGUCAGAAGACAAGAUACUGGGCUGGACGCACAGGGGCCUGUGCAGGCAUUUACAUUUGACUGCUUUUGGAGAGGCACAUUAAAUACAUGAUGUUAUGAGGAAGUACAGUACACCCUCACUAUAACAAAGCCCUGGGGAUCCAAGCCAUUUGGCCAUUAUAGCCAGGGGUUCAUUAUAGCGAAAGGGGUGGGUGGGAGGAAGAGCUCCCUUGGCCACAGCGGGAGCUCAGCUCCCCUGGCUGCUGCAGAGAGAGGGUCGGAAGAGCUCGCUCUCUCCCUCCCUUGGGGCCAGAGGAGCUCUGUGCCUCUGCCUGUCCCCCUUUGUACACACCCCUGGCUGGAUGGACCCUUGCUCUGACCUGACCCAGUAGGUCCUUAAGCGGUGGUCCAGACCUGUGAAAGAUCAAUGGUCAUUCGUGCACUGCCUCAUAUUUUGUUGCUUUCCAUUUCGGUCGAUGUAAGGCUUCACUGCACAAUGUCGCGGCAUGGGCCGCUGGCACGAAACGUGACACCCCCCCCCCCGAUUUCUUCGUUUCGCUCAUUGCCUCCCGUCUGCAUGUUUGCUUUGCCAACGGGGGGGGGGGGGGCCCAGCUCACGUGCAGCAGCAACCAGCCGUGUCCCCAACGCAGAAAAAGCGCGCAGCCCACACACCGCGUGCGGUGCCCUCCGUUGCUUCUUGCUGACGGCUGCCCGCUGCAGGGCGGACCCGCCCACGGCCCACUGCGGCCCCCAGGGUUUCCUCCCCUGGCCUGCCGCAGGGCCGCGCUCCGCCCGGCGCGGGCCGAAGGGUGCCUGGCGGCUACCGCUCGUCCCGGGGCGCGGGGGCUGGGCAGAGCCAGGGGCGCUGCGAGGAGGCCGCGGUUGCGGGCCGGACGCGGGAGCGACUCGUCUCACGGCGCCCGCGGCCACCUCGCAGGCGACUGGUAGUGAAACUGUAAUAGGACAUGGCAACCAGCUUACAGCUUUAUAAGAAGAGUACAUUUCCUCCUCUUCUGAAUAUUUAUCAGCCGUUGCAUUGCAAGAAUCAGAAUGACAAAACCCCCCAAAAGAUGAUGAAAGAUGACACCGGGAAGAAGAGGAACAACAAAUCAUCAUUUAGUGAUGAAGACAAGGAAGAUGCAAUGAAACGGGCCCUGCUAGAACAGCGCCAUCUUGAAAACUACAAAAAUCUAUACAGGCUGAGAAAUGCCAUGUAUGUGCGUUACAGGGAUUUGUUGAACAAGAAAGUUCAAAAGCAACGAAUUCAGAUCCAAAUGUCUGAUCUCAACUUCAAGCAAACUCUUGAACAGCAAGGAAGAAAAAAGUGUAUCCCUGGACAUCAAGUGCCCUACUGCAAAUUGUCUCCUGAUGCUAAAUACCUCAAGUCUAUUCCACAGUCCAGUAAUUACCUGAUUAUAGGAUUGCAGAAUGAGUUAACUAGACAUGGAAUCUUAAAGAACCAGCAAGAUUAUGAAGACUUUUGGACACUGAUCCUAGAGGGCACUCACGGUUCACGGCUCAAAGAAAAACUUCAGGAUAUAAAAUCAAAAAUGGUUGCAGCUAAGUCUUUUCCUUCGCGUCCUGUUGUGAGAACCGGUGCAGCACAGUCAGCCAAUGUCCUUCGGAGCAACCGAUGUGGGCCACUGAAAAUGAGCUCAGCUUCUCCACCAGGAUCAGUGUCCUGCCAACCUCCAGCUCAUCAUCCAAGUAAACACACGAAGGCCCAAGAAGAAACUGAGCAAAUAUUUCCUAAGCUGCUGCUUUCUUGGCUCUCUGAAUUGCAGAAAAGGCCUGAAGAGCAAUCCAGAACUCAGGAGGUGAGCAAACCUUGCAAAAGGACUAAGAAGCAUUUCCACCACGAACGACAUCUGAUUUACUUGCAUCAUAUGUAUCAUCUUGCCCUUCUUAAUAUGACAUCUUCCAAGAGGCUGCUGGAGAAAAAUGGCCAGUUUGCAGUUGCUGAAAAAGAGCACAGUGUCCGUGAUCUGAUGGAAUACUUGUUUCCAAGUCAUCAUAAACAACCUGGAAAUAGCUCUGCUGAAAGAGGGAUAGAGGGAAGCACAUUUCCCAUUUUGUUAGAUAGGAAACCGCAUGAGCCAUCUCACAGGAGCUUCUCCAAAACACGCCUAGUUUUUAAAGAAAUGAAAAACAAUUCAAAGGAGAAACAACAUGAAAAUAAAGGAGCUGUUGAAAUUUGGAAGGAUCAGAAAUACAAUAACAAUGCCUUUGCCCCACAAGAAAUGAUCUCUGUGCCUCUUACCAUAGAAGAUGUGGUUCUGAAAAAUCCAGUUGUGGAAGCUAAGUCAACAGUUACCUACUGGACUAAUUACGUGGACAAAGAAUCCAUUUUCUAAACUAGAAAAGGAUGACUAAAAUACAGAAACUCACAACAGCAAUGGAAUUGCAGGUUUAUGUAGAUCUUUAUGCUGUAACCCACACACAUUGUGAUGUAUCUAGAUUAUGAAAUUGCUGUACUAAAUGUAAUUGAACUUUCUACAGGCCAAAAUCUUGAUCUCAUUGAGGACAAAGUGAAUGUUGUCAUUCACUUUAAUUACAGCAGGAUUUGGCUCUAAAGCAGUGCUACUAUGGAAUGGUUCAAAACAGAUGAUAAAUGUGUCUUGUGAAAAUAGAUAAUUUACUGUACAAUUUGGCUGGGUUCCUAAUCUUUAACUGAUCUACAGUAUUAAUUGUUGGAACAUACCCCAGUGAACUAGUUGAUGCUUUUGUUGUUGCAGUUUAUUCUGAUGUGAUGAAAUCAACAAUAAUUUCUCAGUGAGCUCUUGCAAGCUGAGCGAUGAACUCAGAGGAAGGUUUUUAAAAAAAGUAGAGAAGUCUAGUUUAAGAUAAACUAUGACUUAGAUGCAAUACAAGCUUUUAGUUAAUCAAAGAAGGCAGACAGGCUACUUAUGGGCAUUUGGUCAGAAAUACACUUAACUCAUAGUUCUUUAAUCUAAAAUCUACAUGUAAAUCUAUAGUGCAAGCUUCAAAGAAUUCACUAUAAAAUUAAAUGUGCUCAAUUUCAGAUGUUUUUUAAUGGAUGCGACAAGCUUAUUGUGUGUCAUGCUGUGGGAGAUGUUGCACUUCACACACAAAUAGGCUCAUCAGCCAUUCUGCAGACCAAACACAUCACUGGCUGUUGUGGCAGAGGAGGACACUUAGCACUGUGAGGGGAGAGACUAACUCAGCAGAAGAGAGAGCAGACUUGAAAAAACACCAGAAGACGGUGAAAUAAUGGUUCUCUACUGAAAGAAUGCAAGCAACUCAUAGGUGUCAAUCAGACUACUUGGAGGCAAAAUAAUUUGAGACUGUCAGUUGAUGAGUAGGUCCCCUCAGGCGCUGUUUCCAAUCACCGCAGUAAAGACCUACCCACCUGUGAAGGUUAUCAGAGGAGAACAGGAGGGAAACAUCCAUAGAAAGUCAUCCAUCAUGAGUGAGAUAAUAAAGGCAAUGUUUUAAAUUGAUCAAAAUUUUACAUACUUGAACCAUCGUUAUGUUUUACCUGAUUCUUUAGGAAAAUGUAAUAUCAGUGAAAUUGACAGGCUAUCAUCUUUAGUUUUCUGACCCAUUUUACAGCUGUGAUGCUUAGAACAAGUUUAGCUAAUAUCUUCAUCCCUCAAUCAAACUGGCCAACUUUCAUGCAAUUUAUGCAUGGAUGAAUACAAAUUACUGUCAUGGCUUUACAAUGUUGGAAGAAUGGGGUUGGUUCUGCAUGUUAUUGUAUAUAGAUACAAUCACCACACCUGAUAAGUAAAUAUUCCUUCACACUGCAUUACCUUUAGUAUUAAUAUCCUAUGGACAGGAGACAACAUGCUGAAGUCAACUGCUAGGGUCAGUAAUCUCCAUAGCUAUGAAGCAUUCCCACUGCUGUGGAAAACUCCUCCAUUGCAAGUUUCAAUUUGAAGAAGUGAGUACCUUGACAGCCAGAGUAUUUUAAUAAAACAGAUCAUUUAUGUAAACAAAAAUGUAACCAGUAGAUCUCAAGACAGGAAUUAGAAAAUGAAGCAUGUAAUAAGACACUUCAGAAAUAACAAAAAUGAGGCUGCAGUGAGUACUACUUUAAGGUGUGUUCGUUAAGCCAAGCCACUUCAAGACAGAUAUUAAAAAACACCUAUCUUCUUUACAGUUGAUGGGAUGUUUUCAGCUCCAAGCUGUUGUCCAUGGCUGAUAACCAGGCCUGCAGUUGUAAAUAUGUUCAAUCCAGUUGAAUCAAUGACAAUUCUGUGAGGGUUUAGCAAGAUUCCACUUCAAGAUAAUUAAUUUGUUUUCCAACUUAUGCUAUAUU